AUGUGCGCGUCUGUGGACUGUAGACGCGGCACACGGGUAGGCAACCGGUACGCCAAUGUUAUGGAGCGGAAGGUUCCCGACUUGCAGCAGCAGCAGCAGCAGCAGCAGCAGCAAACUGCGUCGGAUCAGCUUUUGGCAGUCUUGAGAGGGAAGGUUUCUCCGGCUGCUGCUUUCGCUUCGGUCACUGCUGACUGUGCAUCAUUGUGCUGGCAUGCUCGUGCUGCUGUGGCACGCGGAAAGGGCGUCCACGGGUACGACAGGCGACCUGCAGCGGGUCACCGAGUCCGGUAUCCGGUGCCGGCUCAAAGAUGUAUCUCAGAAAGAUCUUUCUGGAGGCGGAGUUUUUGGAGCGAUGCGGAACGAAAAGUGCUUCGUGGUGUCUUUGCGUGCGUGAGACCUGCAUCGGGCCCUGCGCACGGUGAUACGGCAGCGGGAAUGGCGAACUUUCGGGGAAAGUAUACGAUUGUGACCUGGGCAGAAGUUGAGGAGCUGGCGAACGCCCUUGCGACACGAGUGAUGGAAAAGUCAGUACCGACUGGCGGGGAAAACUUGAGCACACAUCCCGGUCGGGGAAGAGUCUGUUACGACCUGCUGCUUGGAAUUACACGCGGUGGACUCAUUCCCUGUACCUUGUUAGCACAACGCUUCGAGCAUCGAAACAUUUUGACUGCAACUGUUAUUUUCUAUGAUGACUCGGGAGAACGCUUUUACGGACUGCAGGAACCGCGGGCGCUCAUGUUUCCCGACAUGAAACUCAUCGAAGGAAAACGGGUCCUGAUUGUGGACGACGUUUUCGACUCGGGUCGAACGGCACGAGCGGUUCGCUUGCGAUGUGAACGAGCGAGAGCAGCGCUCGCACAUGUGGCAGUCCUUCAUUACAAACCGGAAAAUAAUCGUUUUGGCUCGGGCGAAGCACCUGAUUUCUACGGGAAAGAGGUUGCUGGUUCGGAAUGGAUUGUGUAUCCAUGGGAGUUACUCAGCCCACAAGCAGCCUUCAAAGAUAUCAGAUGA